ACAAGUCGAUAUGUCUGCUUCGGUUAUUUUCUUUUUUAUUUUAGCGGGUGUUACAUUUGACUGUGUAACAGGUCGGGUAAGAUCUGCGCGUAGAAAUAUUCAAGGAAUUUCGAUGAGGGAACUUUCAAUUAGUUCUUCUGCUUCCUUCAGAUAUGCCCAUGUACUCGUGCGGAGCCUCGUUGAAAAUACCGACACAUCGGACCACGAGCUUAUGUUUCGAGUGAGAAUUCCUUACGAAGCAUUCAUCACGAAUUUUUCGAUAAUCACUAACGAUAACACGUAUAACGCUAUCAUCAAAGACAAGAAUGCAGCUUACGAAGAAUACCAGAAAGCGAAGGAAGAUGGAAUCAGUGCAGGUACCAUUACUCAACAGACGAGUGUUGCAGACGACAGAGAUAGGGAUAUCUUCAGGGUCAAGGUAAACGUUGCUGCGCAGACGACACUUGAAUUUCGGCUUCAUUAUGAGGAAAUGCUCUUGAAGAAUGCUGGAAAAUAUUCUCAGAAGAUUUACAUUGAUGUAAAUUCUUUUAUAGUACCACAGCUAGAAGUUAUAUGUGAAUUAAAAGAAAAACAAAGUUUAAGGAAGUCACAUAUCAAACCCCUUUGA